UGUGCUCUGUGUGUGUAUGUGUGUGUGAGGCUGCGUGGGGGUGUCCGCCUGAUGUCAUUUGGCAGAAGGGGAGGCUGAGCUAGCGGUGGGCAUACGGGUGGAAAGCACAACAAUGACGUUCCCUUUUUACCGUUCAGGCUGGGACAUUUAAGCUUUUCGUGGGACGGAAACACGCAGCGUUUAAACCCGUGCAACAGUGUCACGGUGCUCGGGAGCAGCAGAAGAGGAGGGAAACAGGCUGGGGAUUGAAAGUACCAGAUGCUAUUCCAGCGGAGAAGGAGAACGGACUCGCAUAUGCAAAGGAGGGUGAUGGGUUCUCGUUUUCCUGACGGGUAACGUUAAACAUUUGGGGGGGGGGGGACAAACAAAAAUACACGGAUAUUGUGGAGUGGGUGGAACUUUGCUUCUUCUGGACCUCCGUUGAUGAGCCACUGUGUUUGAAAUGCUAGCGCAGUUGCGGUCUCGGCCGUCGAGCAGCCUCUGGGCCGCAGCUCGGCAUACCGAGCCCGAAUCUGGGUAUUAGCAAGCUAGCUGUUUGCUAGCUGCAGCUGUACCCGAUGCUGCUGCAGUGGAUGCUGCUGCUAAGCGGAUCCGAAAGACAACACAAGCGGUUCAGGGCCUCAGUGCUGGUUGAACUAUUGUUUCACCUGGACUACAGCGAGCAUUUGAGAUGUGAUGCUUUUGUGCGUCAUAUUUGAGCCUUUCGUAGCUGAAGGCUCACGCUUGACGCGAAGGGGCUAUCGUUGCUGCAAAAUGCACAGCAGAACCACAACAGCAGGCUCCUGUUGAAGGGGGCGAGGUUAGACUGAUAGCAGCCCACCCAGAGUCUCUCAACACCCGGGUUCCCCCUUGGACAACAACCACCACAUUUCCAAUAUCCUUCACCGCUUCAAAGGUUGGCGUGAUGGAUAAGCUAACGAUCAUUUCAGGGUGCCUGUUUCUGGCAGCAGAUAUCUUUGCAAUAGCCAGCAUCGCCAACCCAGACUGGAUCAACACUGGUGAAUCAGCAGGUGCUCUUACAGUUGGUCUAGUCCGGCAGUGUCAGACCAUCCACGGACGAGACCGGACUUGCAUCCCACCACGGCUGCCCCCCGAGUGGGUCACCACACUUUUCUUCAUCAUCAUGGGCAUCAUAUCCCUCACAGUCACCUGUGGGCUGCUGGUGGCAUCACACUGGCGCCGAGAAGCCACCAAAUAUGCCCGCUGGAUCGCCUUCACAGGGAUGAUCCUGUUCUGCAUGGCGGCUCUCAUCUUCCCAAUAGGCUUCUAUAUCAACGAGGUGGGAGGUCAGCCAUACAAGCUGCCCAACAACACGGUGGUCGGCUCCUCAUAUGUGCUGUUUGUCCUUUCCAUCUUCUUCACCAUAGUGGGACUGCUAUUUGCAGGCAAGGUAUGCCUUCCGGGCUGAGGAAUCUUCCAUGCUCGCCUCUGGACUGAAAAAAGAGGCUCUGAAAAUUUUAUGGGAUUUACAAAAACACGAUGACUGAAAAUCAAAAUCAACAAACUCUGGCCAGAAGCCUGAAACAGGGAAGUCUCUGCUUAUGUGUCAAAGGACCGCAGCACCAUGGAGAACCUAACUACUAAAAGAUGAAAAUGAAUAAAUGAACAAAACACUAAAACGGGACAUGGGCACAACAGGGUGGAGGAGUGUGAGAGGGGGCGUCCGAGGCUGUCGCGCCCCCCCUGCCACAGCCGAUUCGAGAUACGGCCGUUUCUCUGUUGUUGUUCUGCUGGAAAGGGGUGAUUAAUGUGCUGCUGUCAUGGCAACCGCAGCCACAAUGCUGGCACACAUUUCUUGAGGACCACUACAUCCACUCCUCAACUUGACUCCCAGCCGCCCUCCCCGCCGCCCUCAUCACACAUCUGCUCCGUCACGACCGCUUCCGUUGCUAUUUUUGGCUUCUCUUUGCUAUUUUCAGCUUUGUGUUUUUCUGUCGUUGUACAAUUUGUUCUCUUUUUUUUUUCUCCCAUACCCCACCACCUUUCCACUAAAGUAGUUUGAGUGUUACUGAGGUUCACUGAACUGAACCUUUGAAGGGAUCGGGGGGUUUCUGAAAACCUGGCUUGAGAGCAACGUGUAUUCUCUUCUGCCAAAAUCGCGCAGCCCCAGGUGUGCGGUUGUGGAGAGCAGCUGCAAUCCCAGCUGUUUAGGCUCACACAUGUCCUGCUGUGGAUGAGAGGUAGAUACAGGUGUGCUUCCUCUUUGUCUCAUCCAGCUCACACUCAGGAGCAGGUAGCAGCAUGGGGUGACCUCCCUGGGUAGCAGAACAGGUGAUCUAGCACCAUAAAGGAGAAUGCCACUCAAUCUUAGACCAUGUAUAAUGUUAUUUAUACAAACAGCAACCGAGCAUUAGUAUAGGCAGCUCAGCUACACCCAUCAUGCUGAAACGCAUACUUCCUUAGUGACUAGAAGACUGUGAAUUUAAAGAAUAAUCACCUGAACACACACACGUCUCUUAUAUUUGUAGUAACACUACAGCCACAUGCACAGUGACCUUUGUUCUCUGAGGCUGAGCAUCACUGCAGUGUUGCUUUUUGGAGAAAUUAGAUAGACCCACGCAUUGCUGACAGUAUUGACUUUUAUAAAUAGAUGAUAAAGUUACAUGUAUGAAAAAAAAAACGUGAAUUCUAAAAAUCAGUGGUAUUCUCCUUUAAUUGACAGGAAAAGACAAACCAGAAUGUUUUCUUCCUUUGCUUUUUUUUUCUUUUCUUUUUUUGUUGGUUGUUUUGUGCAGCAGUGAAGGCACUGGGACUGCAGGUCAGGUCCAUGCAUGGGGCUGUGCCUCAGGAUGCUGCUCGAGACGACUGUGAAUGUAACACACACACAAACACACAUUCACUUUGUCAGUUAAGCUCUUUUCGAUCAGUGUACUCAACAUCAGAUAAUACGCAUUCCCAGAGUUCCCAUCAGAAUGUGCUUUCUUUCCAGCAUUUAUCAGAAUAUUCUCACAUGUGGUCAUAUAUUGAUAUUUAUCUAGUAGGAGGUUUUAAAUAUUGAGACAAACUGGUUUCUCAAGUUCUGAUAUUUCCAGAGCAUGCAAACAGUUGAUAUAAUGCCAUGGAGGCACCAAAGUUAUUAUUUAAAUUUUUUUUCACAUGUGUUGCUGCAUCGAAACUUUUUGUGCCUAUUCUAAAGAGGCUGCAUGUCAGAGGACGAAUGUCCACAUUAGCCAGUCUGGUCAGCUGGUGGACCUUACCCAGCCAACAGUGUCCAAAUUUGUAAAAUAGUGAAAGUAAUUUAACAGAAUUUUAAAAAGUUAGUGUGAGUGCUGAUAAAGGUUGUCAUUAAAACACCAAUCCUGGUUAUACUGAAGCAGAAACCUGUAAUUUUUUCUCUGCCUGCUUUUUAAAACCUUUUUAAAACUCUGCCACCACAUCUCACUCUGAGAAUAAGCAGUUCAGACCUGAUUCUCCUGACAUCUUUUGGUUCUCAUUUAUGCGAAACAGCUUUAAAUAGCUGUAAGCUACAGUUAACUAAAGCACAGCUACAUAUUUUUAGCCUCUAUUAAGUCAAAUUUGCAAUAUCUCUUCUCAGUGCUGGCAAUGUAUGUGCAGACAGUUUUGUUAGGGUUAUGCUCCAGUUGAUGGUAACUGGGAAGUCAGAAUUUAAAAUCUAAAACUAAAUCAGUUAAAAAAACAUUGCUGAAGUUCAGAUCUCUGUAACUUGAGUAAGGCUCAUCUACUGUGACUCCAGUUACCUUUUUUUUUUUUAAAUGGCUGCGCACACUGUAAGUGCAGCCUUUCUUUGCUAUUCUGUGGAAAUUUUGUGCCUUGUUUACUUCGCUCAGUUCUUUACUGUAGUUAUGUACAUGACAGUGGAUGACAAGCACACCAAACCAGGAGGCAGCCAUACUUUUGCAGGCGCACGGAAAGGGUUCAUUACCUCAGGUACAUGAGCAACUUGCAUUUCAGCAUGCACAACUGGCAUCAAGGAGAGGGAAAAAAAACUUGCACUGAGCUUGAAUUGACUGAAUAAAACAUUAUCGUAUGGAGCCUCUGAUGUGUCAUCUUAAAGGGUUUGAAAAGCAAUGCUAUCUGUAGAUAUGGUUUCCAUAUUUCUAAAUUCAGUUUUUUCGUGGUGGAUAAUGACACAGUUUUGAUUUUACACCUCACAUCUUUUCUUCUACCCAUCAACCCUUCAGGAAGAAGAAACUUUGAGUCAUUCUGAAAAAUGCACUAAUCAAAUGUCUUCAAUCUCAGAAAUUAGAUUCACUCAUAAAUAUCUAGGGUCUAUCUACAGGUGACAUCUGCUGAAUAGUUCUUUAUUGAAAACCAGUUUGUGUUACUGGAAUCACAGUAGAUUCACAGCACAUUCAUCCUCUAAAUAUUUCUAAACAUCCCAUUUGUACUCAACAGUAUGGCAUCAUGUAAUUUAGUACCACUCUGGUGUUUUGGAAAGUGUGUUUGUGUGUGUUGAAACAGUCACAGUCGCUCAAUUGCAAAGUCUUAGUUUUGUUUUCUUUUUCGGUCUCCUGCAGCUUACUCUCAAUCUGAUGAUAUAUUCUGCUAAACUAUACACUCUGCCUCAGUUGGUUUAGUAUUGUGCCAUGACCUGUUUUGUUUAAUAAUGUACAGACACAAAAAGGCAGGAUUUCUGUAUUAGGAAGCACUGUGCAUUCAACAGUAUAGGUAACAGACUUAGAAGCACCACAAAUGUAUAAAAAAAACUUCUUACCUCAUGGUUUUUGUUUCUGCUAUUAUUUUCUAAGGUGGCAACGUGUGUGCCCUCUAAUUUGUCUCUUGCCUUGAUCGGAUGUCUACACAUAAAGCCUAUGAUCAUAGGAAAUUAUUUAUCACUGAAUAAAAACUGAAAAAUGGGUGUGUGUGACUCUGAAA